CAGCCGCUCCGGUCUUCUCUUUCGCGCCUGUUCUACGUCACGCUUGCGUCAUCAAAUUCCGUCCUCGUCUCCGAUUUCAGUUUACGGAUUGAAUCGCAUUCGCGAUGGCGACAUUGGAUUCCGACGUGCCGAUGGUUCCGGCAGGCGAGGGCUCCAGCGGCGCUGGCUCGUCUUCGGUGAAGAAGCCGAAGCGAUUCGAAAUCAAGAAGUGGAAUGCUGUGGCUCUCUGGGCUUGGGAUAUUGUUGUGGAUAAUUGUGCUAUAUGCCGAAACCAUAUCAUGGAUCUUUGCAUUGAGUGCCAAGCGAACCAGGCAAGCGCAACAAGCGAGGAGUGCACAGUUGCUUGGGGUGUUUGUAACCAUGCAUUUCACUUUCACUGCAUUAGUAGAUGGCUCAAGACCCGCCAAGUGUGCCCAUUAGAUAACAGUGAGUGGGAGUUUCAGAAGUAUGGUCAUUAGAAGCUUCAAUCACUGGAUCCUCUGUACACUUUGUGCUAUGGAGAUGCUAAGGCGGCCUUGAGCACACUGCCAUUUAUCUACUUGUCCAAGUUAAUUGCUAAAUCAACUGGAACCUUGGUAACUCUGUAGAGCAUUAGGCUGCUCAGGUUUCUGAUGUGAAUUUCCAACUGCCCUAUCAUUUUGCUCUCGUGGCCUUUUGUUUUCGUUGCCGAUGUGUAGGAUGUUUAUUUCCCGGUGUCCUUAUGCAUUGUAUGCAGCAUGUAUGCAUGUAUGGUAGUUCAGUCCCUGCUGAUGACACCCUUGUUUUAAGCUUUUUAGUAUUUUACUACAUAUUGUGUUAUAAAAAUUUAAGUUCAGUAUUACUUAAAUUUGAAAACCC